AUGUCAUGUCACCUUUGGAUGCAAAAGUUACAAACCAAGCAACAGAGUUACCGGCGGGCUCAAGACGGAAGAUUUGAGGAAGACUGCCAGACGACCGUGAUAGCAGACAUGGAACAAGACCAGCCGAAAUUUCUUCUCCGCCACGAGAUUGCUCUCCUCGCAGCCCCCCGAACAGUGCAGCUUAAGGUUGAAAUAACCGUUACUGAUCAAGAGAUGCCUGAAGGAGCGCCACAGGGCAACAACUCGUCCUCUUCGAGUGCUACGGCGACUUCUGACCAUCAUGAGGAAGAGGGAGAAGAUGACGAAGAAGAAGGAGAAGUGCUCAAUCCCGGAAGAGCAUCAAACAAACAAAAAGCCCCUCUGAGCACUGUCGACAAAGAAGUGUCUAUCAACAAGCGUCAGCGCCGGCCUCCGGGUGAAGAAGAGUUCGAUAUCGCAAAAGAUGACGCUGGCGUAGGACAGGAAAGACAAGAAGCAGAAUCGCGCUCCGAUGCUACGAAACCGACGCUUAAAGAGGCCAUUGCAAGGUUGAAAGCUCUUGCCAAGGAGAUCAUAGCAGAUGCAGGAGAAGCCCGCAAGUCACAGGAAAACGCUACCGAGGCUACCGAUGCCAUGGAAUCGGGGCAACACUAA